GUUCGGAAAAGUCCGAUGAAUCAAUUCAAUUCAUAAAUAAAGUCAAACUAAUCUGAACGGUCAGUUAUUCUCUAAUUACUAGUAUUAGUACUAGCACACUUUACGUUCGGUUGCACAAUUUGCUCCAACACUUUGUGUUUCUCUCUAUCUUUUUCUAACCAUGCUCUUGGGAAGUUCUUCAUCCAUCUAUGUCUCGCUCUCAGAUAGAGCAAAGCUUGUCCCUUCUCUGUCUUCCUCUGCACCCUUUUUGAAUUCUCUUAAUGGUUCUUAUGGUUUGAGGUUCUUCUCCAAGAGAAAUGUGGGUUGUGGGGUUGUGGCUAAGGUCUCUAAGGAGGCUGAAAACCAACCCAUUUUGGGUAUAGCGUUUGAACCUUUUGAGGAAGUGAAAAAAGAGCUUCUUGUCAUCCCUUCAGUGCCCCAUGCAUCACUGGCUCGCCAAAUGUACACUGAUCAGUGUGAGGCUGCACUCAAUGCACAGAUCAACGUGGAGUACAAUGUCUCCUACGUGUAUCAUGCCAUGUAUGCCUACUUCGACAGAGACAAUGUUGCUCUGAAGGGAUUGGCCAAAUUUUUCAAGGAAUCAAGUAUGGAGGAAAGACAGCAUGCUGAGAUGAUGAUGGAAUAUCAGAAUAAAAGAGGAGGCAGAGUUCAGCUGCAGUCAAUGCUGAUGCCAUUUUCAGAAUUUGAUCACUCAGAAAAGGGUGAUGCAUUAUAUGCAAUGGAACUUGCAUUAUCUUUGGAAAGGCUGAAUAAUGAGAAGCUUCUAAAUUUACACAGCUUAGCAAAUGAAAACAAUGAUGUGCAAUUUGUUGACUUUCUUGAAAGCGAGUUUUUGGUUGGUCAGGUGGAAGACAUUAAAAAGAUCUCAGAAUAUGUGGCCCAGUUAAGAAGAAUGGGAAAAGGACAUGGUGUUUGGCACUUUGAUCAGAUGCUCCUUAAUGGAGGUGUAGCUGCAUGAUAUUUGUCUACAAUAUUGCCUACUAGCAUUUAAGCAGAAAACAUUUAUGCCCAUGAACUCAUACAUAUUUUCACCAAUAAUUGUCCUAGUUUUUUUUUUUAAUUAUCAUGUGAAAUCUUAGUCAAGUCAAAGUAGUUAGGUUGGGGUUAGUUUUCAACUUGAGUAAACCUUGAAUCUCAGUAAAUUUGAGGCUUCUGCUCGUGCAUAAAUGUGUUUAAUUAUUUGAACAAAGAAGCUAUGGUAAAAUAGAUGGUAUAUAUUACUCCAA